CGAGGGUCGCGCCAGGCUGCGAUGGUUAACAAGAGGGGAACUGUUUCUUCUUGACUCCUCCUUUCGGACAUCGGAGUGAGAAACUCUUAACGCCCAGAUUAAUGGGGUGAUGCGCAGGUUUAGCACCCUGUCGAGCCUUUUUCCCGUCUUCCGUCACUUGCUCAGGCACGCCGUGGGCAGUCCUUGUGGGGUCCUCGUGGCGAGCCAAGAUGGCUGCCCCCGCGGUGAAAUCUGUGCGAGGGUGGCCGGGCCUAGCGCUGGGCCUGCAGAGUGCUCUCCGGCGGCUUCCAGGGUUAACCCAGGUGAGGUGGAGCCGCUAUGGUCCUGAAUACAGGGAUCCCCAGAUUGACAAGGAAUAUUACCGCAAGCCCUUGGCCGAGCUGACUGAGGAGGAGAAGUUUGAUCGGGAGCUCAGGAAGACUCAGCUUAUUAAAGCUGCCCCAGCAAUGAAAACAAGCUCGGUGUUUGAAGACCCACUGAUCAGUAAAUUCACCAACAUGAUGAUGAAAGGAGGAAACAAGGUACUGGCCAGAUCCCUCAUGACACAGACUCUGGAAGCCAUGAAAAGGAAGCAGUUUGAGAAGUACCAUGCUGCUUCUGCAGAGGAACGGGAAACCAUUGAACGCAACCCCUACACCAUCUUCCACCAAGCACUGAAAAACUGUGAGCCUGUAAUUGGGCUGGUACCCAUCCUCAAGGGUGGCCAUUUCUACCAGGUCCCUGUGCCACUAGCUGACCGGCGUCGCCGCUUCCUGGCCAUGAAGUGGAUGAUCACUGAGUGCAGGGAGAAGAAGCACAGGCGGAUGCUGAUGCCAGAGAAGCUGUCGCAUGAGCUGCUGCAGGCUUUUCACAACCAGGGCCCUGUGAUCAAGAAGAAGCACGACAUGCACAAGAUGGCUGAGGCCAACCGUGCCCUGGCCCACUACCGCUGGUGGUAGAUGGAGGGUAGAGGCUCCAGGAGGAGCCCGGGACUCUGCUGCAUUGAAAAAUAUCUGUGGAUUGAGGAUGUAGUUCCUUUUUAAGGGCAGGCAGGUCUCACUGGAGCACUGUGUUUAUUGCUUGUUAGUCCGUUCUUUCUGGGCCAGAACUCGCUCUCCGUGCCCUAUCUCCUUGCAAAGUGGGAACACAUCGACUUGGAUUUCCCCCACGAAACUUAGGGCUCAUCCGGCCUUCUCUUCCUUCUGCUUGGGAUGGACAUUUGAGUGAUACAAAAGGAAGCAGUUUUAGUGUCAGAAAGGUUUAUUAGAAAACUCUCACCUUGAACUGGUGUAGCCUGUGAUGCAGUACUGCCCUUCGUUAAAACCAACUGGAAGAAAUAUACUCUUUUCCAAAGUGGUCUGUACAAAAUGUAUAAAAAGCAGUUUCUGGUGUGA